AUGGUCCAACCCAAGGAAGUGGUGGAUGUAUCCAUGUUUUGGGACGAAUGGUCUCGCUGUGUCAGUUCGGGGUAUCAACGAGACCAGUAUUAUCGGCUGGGGAAAUUCGACAAUUGCGCCAAGCAAUGGAAUGAUUUCAAGACGGCAGGACGUGCCAAAGUGGCCAAGACGGAAGAAGAAGCCAAGGGCAUGCUGGCCAAAACACACUUGUACCAGAGAAAGAAUGUGUCGCCAACGGCGGGCGUAAUUUGGGAACUCAAGGAAACACCUGGAUGGGAUUAA